AUGGCCUUGCAGAGUGAGCAUGGAGGAACAAAUCAGCAUGAUUUCAUGUAUGCUAAGAAAUAUCUGCAGCAGUUUUAUAGCAUGGAUCCAGUCUCUUCAAGGACAGCAAAAAGGUAUAUUAGAGCUGUCAGUAGCAAGAUGAAAGAGAUGCAAGGGUUCUUUGGUCUCCAUGUGACUGGUAAAUUGGACACUCAAACAGUGGCAAAGAUGAAAAACUCUCAAUGUGGGGUCUCUGAUGUGAAGAAACAUGAGUUCUAUAUAAAGAAGCCCAAAUGGAAGGGAAAUACAAUAACAUACCGGAUACAGAAUUACACCAACAAACUGAAGCAUGAGGAGGUGGAACAAGUAGUUGAAAUGUCACUAAAGGUUUGGAGUGAUGUCACACCACUAAAUUUUGUGAGAAAACACAGUGGAGAUGCAGAUAUCAUGAUUACAUUUGCUUCUAAAGAGCAUGGAGACUUUUUCCCUUUUGAUGGGCCCCGCGGUAUCCUGGGCCAUGCAUAUGGACCUGAGGAAGAAGCAAUAGGAGGUGACGUACAUUUAGAUGAAGAUGAAUUCUGGACAACCGGAUAUGUCAAAAAAGGAUAUGACCUGUUCAGUGUUGUGGCUCAUGAAUUUGGCCAUUCUCUUGGAUUGGGACAUUCCAAAGAUCCAAAUGCACUUAUGUAUCCAAAAUAUAAAUUUUUUGAGUCAAAAGGAUUCCAACUUUCACAUGAUGAUCAGACAGCAAUCCAGUCAUUGUAUGGUGCUCAAAGUGAAAAUUCACUUGGGAGAAGCAUUCCAGAGAAAUGUGAAAACUCCCUAACUUAUGAUGCAGUGACUAGUAUGGGAAAUAGCUUGCUUUUCAUCAAGGAUGGGUAUAUGUGGCUCCAAAAGUACUGGGGAACAGGCAAUGUGGAAGGAUUCCAUCAGAAUUAUUUCCCAAAGUUCCAAACAAAAAUUGAUGCUGCUUAUGAAAUCCCAGACAGAAAGACAGUUUGUCUUUUCACAGCUUUGAAAUACUGGAUAAUGAAUACUUUGACCAUGGAAAUAUCAAUGCAUUCUAUCUAUGAUCUCGGAUUCUUUAUCACUGUCACUCACAUUGAUGCUGCAGUUUACAUAAAAAGGAGGAAGAAGACUUUCUUCUUUGUUGGAGAUGAAUUUUGGAGUUUUGAUGAAGUUCUCAAAAUGAUGGAACCAGGAUACCCUAAAAAAAUGCAAGAUGGCUUCCCUGGAAUCAAUGGUACAGUAAAUGCCGCCUUUGAAUGGGCAGGUUUCAUGUACAUCUUUGUUGACUCUGAUGUAUAUGCAUAUCACUAUGAAGAGAAAAAGAUCCUGUUUUCCAUAAAGGCGAAUGCAUGGUUCAGAUGUUAG